UUAGAUUUUUUCAAAAUGCAAUGUUUUGAGAAUGGCUGAGGAAUUGGUGCUCUGAAUUAAGUUGCCAACUAUCUUGCAGUAUUAUGGCUAACGUUAAUGUUAACUGUAUUAGCUUUUACGUUUGGUCCAUUUGUAAUCAGUCGACACUUCCCUAUAAACAUUGAUUGAUUUAUUUGUUUAAUGCAAAGGGUGGACAUUCGUGUUCAUUGUGAUAUAUGGCGUUGUGGUGGUAUUUAGUGUAGCCUACUAGAUAUCUGCCAAAUACGCCGUGGAUUCUUGCACUGUUGGUACGACGAGACAUGAACUUGACCCAACUUAACCUUUAAAAAUGGACGACGGUCGUCGAUCAAUCAACCAACCAAAAACAGGCCGACGAAGAGACCUACAUUAGCCAGGCUAUAGUUUUAGCAGUGUUCAUGGCAGUGUCAGGUGCAUGUAAAAAUCAUUGACUAUAAUUAGAUACUGGAAAUGAAGUGUUCAGAAGAGAGGUUUUAAAGAAACAAUGCUCCUCAUGGAUGAGCCUUCAGACCAAAAGCAGUCCAGCGUGAAGAUGCCUGCUGACAUGCUUGCUUCAGACAGCAAGGAGUCUGCUGAUGUGGAGAGCAAGACCAAUGGAUCUGUAGAAACCAAAAACACAGUGGAAAAUGGACAGUUCCCUGACCCCUCAGAGUGGGCUGUGACUGAUGUUGUUGACUACUUCAAAGCAGCCGGAUUUCAGGAACAGGCCGAUGCCUUCAAGGAUCAGGAAAUUGAUGGCAAGUCCCUGCUCCUGAUGACGCGCAAUGACGUGCUGACCGGCCUGUCCAUCAAACUGGGGCCUGCACUGAAGAUCUAUGAGUACCACGUCAAGCCGCUGCAGACCCAGCACCUGAAGACCAAUGCUGCAUAGCUGUGCUUGCUUUCAGUCAGUAAUCGCAGAGGAGUUAAGACUAGAUGUGCCAGUCUACAUUCAGAAUGUGCUGCAGUGGUGUGCUUCAAGGUUGGUGCUGUUGGUCUGUAUGGUCAUGCAAUAUUACUGUGUGAUGUUUUUUUUUAAACUUCAUGUGUCCAUACACUAAAUGAAUGGAAAUGGUGCUA